UGGAAUGCCUCUCCAAGAUCCUGCCCCUGCUUCGCCCCCACGAGUGGGCGGCAUCUAUAGACUUAUCGGACGCGUAUCUUCACGUUCCAAUAGCAAAGUCCUCUCAGCAUCUCCUAGGUUUCGCAAUAGGAGGGGACACUUACCAGUAUCAGGCCCUCCCUUUCGGCCUUCGCUCUGCUCCUCGCAUUUUUACAAGGCUCGUCAGGGUAAUUGCUGCAGAGCUAAGAAGAAGAGGGGUAAAAAUUUUUUGUUAUCUCGACGAUUGGUUGAUCCUCGCCCCCUCAGAACAAUCCCUUCACAGACACUUGAAGGUCACUAUCGCGUUAACGACAAAUUUAGGCCUUCUCAUAAACUGGGAAAAAUCAAGAUUGACUCCAACUCAGACUCCGGAUUUCCUUGGAGCAUUUAUAGACAUCCCGCGUCAGCUGGCAGCCCCCCUUCCCCACCGGGUUCAGAGAACGAGAGCAGUCGCGGAGCAACUCCUGUCCAGUCGUUUCUCGACUGCGAAGACUUGGCAGAUUUUUCUGGGACUCUUAGCAAGCUUAGUGGAUACAGUCCCCCUUUGCAGACUGAGGAUGAGACUACUCCAGCUACAUCUCCUCAAGUUUUUUCGCCCACCCAUGGACGCCGAGAAAACCUACAUCCCUCUAUCUCCGGAGUCAAUAGGGGCCAUUCAGUGGUGGCUUCUUCCCUUGUCUCUGACCUCAGGGAAGCCCUUCAGAGGUCCCCUUCCGUCAGUGGUCAUCCUAACCGACGCCUCAAACCAAGGUUGGGGCGCAGUCAUGGACUCGAAGAGGGUGUGGGGGGACUGGACUGGUCAUCAGCUGAAUUUUCACAUAAACAGGUUGGAGAUGAUUGCGGUGCAGUUAGCCCUCCAACACUUUGCAUCCGAGAUAGUGGAAAAGUGUGUCCUGAUAAAGUCAGACAACCAGACGGUGGUAACAUAUCUCAACAAAGAAGGGGGAACUCGGUCAAGGACCCUUUGCAGACUGACUCUAGAGAUUUUGACAUGGUGCGACAGUCGCAACAUCACGGUGAAGGCAUCCCACAUUCCAGGAAAGGAGAAUUACAUAGCAGACUUCUUAUCGAGGGGACGCUAUCUCCCCUCGGAAUGGAUGCUCCACGAGGCUGUGGCCAAGGAGAUAUUCAAUCAAUUCGGCAACCCACAGAUAGAUCUAUUUGCCUCAACACUAAACAAGCAGAUCACUACUUACUGCACCAAGCACAGGGAUCCAAUAGCAGUGGCGACAGACGCCUUCUCAAUUCAAUGGGACAAUGUUUUCGGUUAUGCUUUUCCUCCAUUUGCAAUCAUCCCCAAGGUACUUCAGAAAGUAGAGGAGGAAGGAGCAACCAUACUGCUAGUCGCCCCCUGGUGGCCCCGCCGACCAUGGUUCUCAACGAUAGUCGGCCUUCUGUGGGGGAGCCCAGUGAUUCUACCGAUGAGGCAGGACAUCCUGAGUCAACCAGGGACCCAGCACUACUACCCCGAGCCCAACAAACUGAGGCUCACACUGUGGCCCAUUACAGGGCAGCAGCAAUCAAGGCUGGACUUUCUGAACGGGCUGCCAAUUUCUCGGCCGAAUGUUUACGGUCUUCCACACGAUCAACCUACGACUCCAGACUCAGUCACUAUGUUAGAUGGUGUCGGCAGGCUAAGACUAAUCCAUGCAAGGCAUCUGUAGGGCCGUCUCGCCGGAUACUAUCUCUCGUUGGAUUGUGGAGGCAGUGAAAUCUGCUGGUGAUCCAGUCAUCAUUCACCAGAAAGUUAGAGCCCAUGACACAAGAGGAUUGGCUGCUUCCUGGGCUUUAUUCAAGGGCGUACCCAUGGAGGAUAUAAUGAAAGCGGCAUAUUGGUCCAACACUAAUACAUUCACAUCCUGCUACCUCUCGGAUGUCCUCGGUGAUGAAUCCAAGUUUGCAAGGGCCACCCUGUCCGGUUCCCAUCGCUAAUCCAAGGUAUGAGUUUAACUUUACAAGCUUGUCUUUAGUAUCUUGUAUAAUAGAUUUGAUCUGUAGGGCCUCUUGGCUUUGGCCUGACCACCUCCCAUAGUUGUUUCCGUGGGAAUCUGGCUUUUAAGGGAAUAGGUAAGUAUGGCGUAUCUGAAGUAGAUUAUGUUGUUCAGUAGUGAACACCAUAUCUACGAAGUAGCCAUACUUACCUAUGCUACCCUCCCACCUCCCCUCUUUCUGUUUCUGAGGUUCGUUUGCCUAAGAAAGAGGAAGUGAGCCACGCACGCAAGGUACUUAUAGUAUAUAGGGCGGGGUUUCCCUCCUUGUCGUGCGGGGCUCUAGUCUGCGUUGCAGACUUUUUCUCCU